UGUAUGAUUCUCCUAGUAGUAGCCGCUACCGGCCUCAUCAGCGUACCCCUGCUGCUGCGAGACAUGGCACGCGGCUCCGCCCAGCACCGGCUCCAGAUCGCCAGGAAGAUACUCGCCCAAGUGCCUCUGAUCGACGGACACAACGAUUUUCCGUGGAACGCGCGACGGUUCGUGUACAACAAGCUGCAGAGCGUGAACCUGACGUCCGACCUGCGGCACGUCAGGCCGUGGAACGAGAGCGUCUGGUCGCACACGGAUCUAUUCCGGCUCCGAGAGGGCAUGGUCGGCGGUCAGUUCUGGAGUAUAUACGUGCCGUGCGGCGCGCAGUACCUGGACGCCGUGCAGAUUGCCCUAGAGCAGAUCGACACUGUACGGCGAAUGGUGCAGCGGUACCCUUCUCACACCGCGCUGGCUACAUCUGCAGACGAGAUUCUGGAGAUCCACAAAGGAGGCCGAAUGGCCAGUCUGCUCGGUGUUGAGGGAGGUCACGCCAUCGCCAGCAGUUUGUCUGUUCUGAGGAGUUUUCACGACCUGGGAGCCCGUUACCUGACCCUCACACACACCUGCAGUACACCAUGGUCGGAGUACUCGGAGGUUCCAUCUCUGCAACAGCGAGGUCUCACAGAGUUUGGUGAGAGCGUUGUGCGGGAGAUGAACCGUCUGGGUAUGGUGGUCGACCUCAGUCACACCAGCACACAAACAAUGCGAGAUGUGCUGGCGGUGUCGCGAGCGCCCGUCAUGUUUUCUCAUUCGUCUGCGCAUGCGCUCUGCAAUAUCUCAAGAAACGUACCGGACGCCAUCUUGAAACAGCUGGCGCUGCACGGCGGUAUUGUGAUGGUCAGCUUUUAUAAUCGUUUUCUAACUUGUGGGAAGAAUGCAACUAUACAUGAUGUUAUAGCUCACAUAGAGCACAUUCGUCGGGUGGCCGGGGUGGACCACAUUGGUCUCGGGGCCGGCUACGACGGUAUUGACCUGGUGCCCGAGGGGCUCGAGGAUCCGUCCAAAUAUCCUUACCUGGUGGCCGAGCUGCUCGGUCGGCCAGGCUGGUCAGAGGCCGACGUCAGAAAGGUGGUCGGCCUCAACUUUCUGCGUGUGCUCAGGAAGGUCGAACAGACCCGUGAUCAUCUUUCAGCAAAGAAGCCUAUAUCGUUAGAACCGCUGCCAGAUAUAGACGAGGACUAUAUCAACAAUAAUUGUACCUAUGAUUUACGAGAGAAUUAAAAUACGGAAAUUG